AUCAUUCAGGCUUCACUUGUGCUUUGGUGUCACUUUGAUGGUCAAAGACUGGAGAUCUGCCUGCUGUUCAGGACGGGAUCUGGACCCGACACAAGACAGGAGCACAGAUUCCCCAUCCGGAUUAACAUCAGGUGGACCGUCUGCAGCAAUGCCACAGGUAUCAACAGCAGGAACAUCAGGAAUGCUGGGAACGACGGCGUGGGAAACGGGGCAGUGAGGCAGAGCAGAAGGAUCAAAGUUUGGGAACAUGAAGAUGGAUUGAUUUUGUUCUUCACAGGGAUUUAUUUUUAAAUCUUCAUUGUCCGGAACGGCAUUCCAAGGAUGAAUAAAAUCUGCUUAAUGAGAACCAAGCGGAGGACGUUCAACAUGCUGAAAACAGAAACAGAUGAAAGCUGAGCUCUGAAAACGGGAGUCUCUCUACAGAACCAUGUUGUUCUCCAGCAGCCUCCUGCAGCGGUGGUUCUUCGCGGUCUUCCUGCUCUGCUCCCCGGUUCCGUUCGCGGGCCGGCCCGUCGACACUCUGAGCGGCAGAAUGAGGCGCUCUGUGACCGACACUCAGCUCAUGCACGACAAAAGCCGGAUGCUGCAGGAUUUCCGGCGGCGCAUGUUCCUUCAGGGCAUCCUGGACGCGGUCCACACGGCCGAGAUUCUCCCGGUCCGCGGCGCCGGGGGCAGCAGCGGCGCCGGCGCCGGGCCGCCCGGACCGGGCCUGGGGGUCAACCCGAGCACCACGGGCAGCACCCUGCAGUCCAAGCCCCCCGGAGGAACCAAGAACCUCCCCAUCAUGUUCCAGGCGGAGGAGGAGGAGGAGGGCACCCACCUGCCGCAGGAGACCAAUAGGUCCUACAAGGAGAAGGUUCCCGGCAAGAGGAAGCGGAAGGGGAAGUCCGGCCGCCGGAAGGAGGCGGAGAAGAGGAAGAGGACGGUUCGCGCCGUCCGGCGAAGGCCAGGGGAGGAGGCGGGCAGCGGGCUCCACCUGGAGUGGAGGCCUCUGCUGGGCCUGCAGGGGGCGCUGCAGUGAGACGCCGUCAGCCUCUGACGGAGACAGAAAUCUUGGCUUCGCCUCCUGGACCCUCAAUGUUCUCGACUCGUUCUCCCGUCACGGAGCGCUCGGACCGCAGAAAGGAAAUAUUUAUUUUGUGUAAAUAUCUGAGAUUAAGAAGCAGAUUAUGUUUAAAUGAAACCUUAUCGGCGCUCUGUGCCGCCACAGAUUUUAAUCUUUGUGAAUCCUUUUUUAUUCCAGUAAUGUCUGAUUAUUUCCAGUAAUUUAUUUUGGUGUAUUUAUUUUGAAACGUAUCGAGGUGCUGCUGACCUUCUAUAUUUUUGUACCAUAAUGCACUUUAGAUAUCUGACUAUAAUCUAUAAACUUGUUUGUUGACUGAAGUAAAGAAAACUCGACUUUUUUUGUCUUUUUCUUUCAUUUAAACGUGUUGAAGCUGUUUUCCUGCUCGUGGUGCCUUCACUGACCGUCGGUUUUCUCCACGCUCUGCUUCGCCAGGCCAAAGUUCACAUGUUCAUGUUGGUGAAGCCUGUUCUGAUUAAACAUGUCGUCAUAUCUGA